AGCCAGUCUCUUCACGAAAUGGCUCUCGUUGACAGCCGGUGAUUCUACCCACGCCCAGCAGUUCACCGACACGCCCACCUGCGCAUUGCGACGACCCUCGAACACUCGAAGCCAUCCUGCCAUCCACCCACGCGAAAAGCCGAGAAUCCGCGCGCCAGCAGAUGUGUCCAUUUUACACUCCCGCCAUGCAGUUUCCGCAUCUCUACGAACCCAGUGUCAACGGGCCAGACAUACCUCAACCCCAACGUAUAACCGAUCAUGAACACACCCGACGAGGAACUGGCCGCGACGGAGACAGGGUCAUCGACUAGCCAAACCCGAAGCACGAAGCGCCAGCAUGACGAGUCUGACGAGGACGAGACCGAGAACAGCCAAAUCCACAAGCGACAGCGCGUGGAUGACGAGAUCAUCAGCGAAGGGAUCCAAAACCAGGAGAACCCACAUCGGCAAACCUCCUCCAUUACGGCCAACCCCGACACCACUGAGCCGAAUACUCAUCAACCUGCUCUCGGUUGCAACGAGAGCGCGAUCACUCUCACACACAGGCCCCGAGUGGAUGACGAGCCCGAGCAAGAGGAAGAUAUCCCCAACAGCGAGAAUCACGACGAAGAAACAAGCCCCACCGUUUUGUCUGCAGACCCAACGGCCGAGUAUACCAACCAAGCAGAGCCAACCCAUACAGGGGAAUGGGAGGAACGAGAUUGGACGACCCUGACAAUCGAGGAGCUCUUCUCCAAUCCCGCAUGGGAUUACACCCUUGAUCCCUUGUUCGAACCACAACCUUUUGAGCCGACGCCAUGGUUCCCUGACGACAAUCAGAUGAUAUGCGGGAUAAGUUCUUGCCCAAUACCGACUCAGUCAGACGUGGAGAGCGCGGGACUUCAGGCAGAACACUCCGCAGGUGUGGAGGUGUUGGACGAACAUUUGUUCAGCCCAGAUACGACUUCUUCCUCUUUGUUCAUGGAUAGCCGCCACAGCCUAGGAAGCCAAACAACAGAAUUUACUUUCCUAUCAUCUCCAAGGUGUGCGGCUCCCAGUGUCCAGGGUCAUCAGUCUCCGUCGUCCGAGCAGACAUCUUUCCAGACAAGUAACUCGAGUGCCGUGUUUGAGCCGGAACUCUGGCGUUUUACGGAGUUGUCCAACGACGUAGGAAUUGGUGAGCUUCAUGAUGACGGACCAGCAAGCAACUACCCGCUUCAACACUUAGAGCCCUCUGCUGGCCAGGACGGAGACGAAAUCCAAGUCAAGGAAUAGGAUUCUUCUUUCCCGCGUCCCGUCCUGUCACCUGUAUCCACCGGCAUCGGUGGCACCGAAGACCCUUUACGGAUGGGGAACCAAGUCGAUGUCACCGAAGGCAGCUCAGAGGCUCUCCAGUUCCACCCAAGGCUUCCAGCUCGUCUCCGCUUG